AUGGCUAGCAUCUUACAAAUGCUUCACUGGAAGAAGCGACGGGUUCGACACAAUGUUCGCAGUGCCAGAGUCAACUCUGCCUACACACCUCACAACCGACUGUCCCGUUACAAAACGGCCCUCAACACCUUCAUACCAUACCGGACAACGAACACCGGAAACACCGACUUGCCAGUCGACGAAGUUGGUUGUCUAUCGAACAGUUCCUUCUCAUGGGUUAAGACCUUUCUGGUGUCCACAUCACAGCAACGAGACUAUCAGUGUUUGCCGACCUCCAACCGUUACGCGGCAGCUCCAGGACUAGCCUCAGCCGGAAAUGACCCGUUCCUGCUUCCUAAACGACCGUACAGCGACAGCUGCGAGGUGAACUGCCGACGUUUGCUGGGCAUCUACAAGUACGAAGAAACCCUUCGAGGUCGCAAAAGGGUUUCGAUGCUCAAAGUGGUUUUCCGAUUUGCCCGGACUCGGCUCCUGAUAGCGGCGUUCAUCCACUGCCUUUCGAUUGGGCUGAUGUUUUUGGGGAUGCUUCUGUUCGGCAAUCUGAUCAUCGAAUCCAUGCACUCGGACGUGUCUGACGCUUGCCUGAGCUGUCCGGCCAUUGCCAAUUGCUCCAAUACGCCGGAGCCGCUUCUGGGCAUUCGUUUCGAUAUGAACCGGAAGCUGUGCAAUAGUACAGAUCUGUUGGAUCCUAGUGGGCAUCUAGUCAACCGGAUAGUGCUGGGAGUUGGCGUUUUUCUCUGCUUCCUGUUCGGCACACUCUUCGAAAGCAUCCGAAAUUGGAUCAACCUCAGGACCGCGAUCCGUCUGCGCACUGCGAUUCUGUCAUCUACCUAUAAGCGCGCCAUGAGGAGCAGCAUCGUCAACAGGGUUUCGCCGCACCAGGCAAUGACGAUGAGCAAUGAGGAAAACGAAGCAAUCUUCCAACUGGUGGAGUCCUUGGUGCGACUCUUUGGCAUCCUGGUCGGGUUUAUAAUGGCUUUCCUGGCUGGGCUGGUCCUGUUGCCAGCUUCCGGUAUGCUCCCAUUGCUGGGAGUGCUGCCGAUAUUUGUCGUACUGCUGAUUGCCGGAAGUGUUUCCAAAGCCUAUUUCCGCAAGUUCCUGUCAUUUGGUGCCAAAAAACUCUCGCUGGUCGAGGAAUUAUGUAAUAAUUUCAAAAACAUCAAAACUUUGCAACUUGACGUCCUGUACAUGGGAAAGUUUCUGGAGGCCCUGAAUCGGCAGUACAGCGCCUUGCUCUGGAGUAACGUGUACUCGAGUAAAUAUUCUGGAGGCGUUACCUCGGCCAUACUGGUUGGAGGUCUAUACCUGAUAUGGUGUGAUACGAACAUCAAAACCGAAAGUACCGAAGUACUUACGCUUUUGCUAAUUUUUGCCUUCAACGUCCAAAGCUACAUGCUAGAAUACUGUGAUUGUAUCCACAAUAUCUUCCAUGCUAAAGUAACUCUACAAAAGUUGAAACAAGUGUACCAACUGUCCACACCCGAUAACAUUAGGCUUAAACCGAAUCGGGAACAGUUGGCAAUCCAGAUGAACGAGGUGGAAGUGAUAUGGCCCAAGCAAACUGAUUCUGGAAUCACCGACUUCCGACUUUAUUUGGAGAGCUUCGAAAUCGCAACUGGACAGAUUAUUGGAAUAACCGGAAAUUCGGGAGGUGGAAAAACGACUCUAUUGCACACGAUCCUGCGCAAUACCGAAAUCCGUCGUGGUAAAGUGUUCCACCGCGGCAAAAUUGCCUUUUUCCCAACGGAUCCGAUUUUGAUUAACGACACUCUGAAGCAGAAUGUACUUUUUGGGGAGCCACUGGAUACGCAAAGAUACUACGGUGCUAUCAAUGCCUUGAUGCUGAACGAUGACAUCCUGAAGGCUGCAACCACAGACGAUAUGCCACUGCCAUAUUUGGAGCUCACCUUGCAGCAAAUGGAAAGGGUUGCUCUGGCUCGGGCUGUCUACUGCCAGCGCCAAAUUAUCCUGCUAGACGAGCCGCUAAAUCGGAUGCCGGAUAGAAGGCUUGCCCAGGAUCUCUUUUCCCAGAUGAUGAAUACCUUCCGACAUGAGAAGAAAACGGUCAUAGUAGUAUCCCAGUUUGAUGAGUUUCUCAAGUACUGUGAUCGAGUUUUCCGGAUCGAACACGGUACCAUUCUCCGGGAGAGCUACGAUGCAGAAAUUCUAACUAGUCUGUCUCCAGAGGAAACUAAACGAUGGAGACGGGAUAUUGUUUGUAGAGGUGAAUUCGAAUCCUGUGAAGGAAGUGAUCGGGCAGCCCUGAAUGUUGCAAAAAGUGGAAAUCCACAGUCGAACAAUCGAAAUUCUACACGCUUGAGUAAUGGAUCUCUUGACAAUGUUUGCGCCUCCAGACCUUCCGUAAACAUUCAAGGUUUCACGUUACUGGAUUACACAAUACUGAUCGUACUGCACUUAGCGAACAAUUUUCUGUACUUCGGCCCGGUAUUCACAUUGAUCGUUAUCGUGGAACAGGGAGACAUUCAUCCUUGGUUAAGUUCAAUUUGCCUGGCAGUGAUCGCUGGAACCUUUUUCGUAGAUUACUUCGCUAAAACGUACGUGGCACGAAUCAUAGCCAAACGAAACAAAUCCUACCAAGCGAAGCUGGUUGAGUACUUGAUGAACUGCUCCCUAAGCUAUCUCCAAACAACCAAGAUCUCGGACUUGGUUGAUCUCUUCGCCGAUACAAUCUCCUCACGGUUGCUUCAGAUAGACGCCUGCAUCCAUCAAUCGUUGAUGGUUGUCUUUGCACUGGUGCUACUGCUGAUAGCCAAUUUUUGGGCCAGCUGCCUGGUAGCGCUUCUUUUGGCCCUCAUCUUAGCCCUAGUUUUCUGGCUAAGGUACAGCAUGCGACACUAUUCGUCCUUCGAGCAUCAAUCCCGGCGCCGUAUGUUUUCGAUCAUGACUAACCAUUUGGUUGGACGGGCCGCAAUUCAAUCGUUCGAAUACGUUGAAAACUUUGUGCAAGAGUAA